CGGCCGCCAUGGCGGAUAGCGGCCCCGCGGGGGGCGCGGCGUUGGCUGCCCCGGCCCCCGGACCGGGUAGUGGCAGCACAGGGCCCCGAGUCUACUUCCAGAGUCCCCCUGGGGCCGCAGGCGAAGGCCCGGGGGGCGCGGAUGAUGAUGGCCCGGUGAGACGGCAAGGGAAGGUCACCGUCAAGUACGACCGCAAGGAGCUGCGGAAGCGCCUCAACCUGGAGGAGUGGAUUUUAGAACAGCUCACGCGACUCUACGACUGCCAGGAGGAGGAGAUCCCAGAGCUGGAGAUCGAUGUGGAUGAACUCUUGGACAUGGAAAGUGAUGAUACUCGGGCUGCUAGAGUCAAGGAGCUGCUAGUUGACUGUUACAAACCCACUGAGGCCUUCAUCUCUGGCCUGCUGGACAAGAUCCGGGGCAUGCAGAAGCUGAGCACACCCCAGAAGAAGUAAGGGUCCUGACUCAGAUGACCAUGGCUCCCACAGGACAAUCGCUGCCCCCCAACCUAGUAGCAACAGCAAUACUGGGGGACCCUGCAGCCAGGCCUGGUGCCAUGGGCAGGGAUCCCUGUGCCCCGCCUAGGGGCUGUUCCCUCGCCCUCAGUUUUCCAUUUUGGGGUUUUUUAUUGUUAUUAAACUGAUGGGACUUUUUGUGUUUUUAUAUUGACUCUGCGGCGCAGGCCCUUUGAAAAUAAAGCUAGGAUACAGCCUUUGGAGCAGCUA